UCCGCGCAGGCAUGGACCUGGGCUUUUUCCCCAUCGUCCUUCCGCCCGGGCUGUGUCACGGGACCCCGCGGUCCCCCUACCCCCGGCAGGGGCUCGACGCCUUCCCGGCGCUGAGCACCCCGGCCAGCUCCGCGCAUCCUCCGUCGGCUGCUUGCGUGGGGGCGGCGGGAUGCGCGGCCGGCCCGUCUGCCGGCUGCCAGCAGUCCUGCGGGGCCGCCUGUCCGGGUGGGGAUCCGCCGCGUCUCGCCGCGUCCCUCUGCCCCCGGAGCGGCCGCUCGACGUCGCCGGAGCCCGAGCGGCCACGCUCCUGCUGUCCGACCCCAGGGGCGGCACCGGCGGAGCCCCGCGCCUUCGAGUGGAUGCGGAUGAAGCGGAGCACGCCAGGCAGAAGUGAGUGGGGCGGCGGGGCGCGGGCGGGGGUCACUCUCAUUCCAGCUCCCCCUGCCCAGACCCCCGCCCCGACCUUCCGUGCCCCCGCCGAAGCGCGCUGUUCCUCGAUGUUUUUCGCCGUUGCAGGCGGCGCGGCGUCCCCCGCCUACUCCCUGCGCACCAACUUCACCACCAAGCAGCUCACAGAGCUGGAGAAGGAGUUUCACUUCAGCCGCUACCUGUCGCGGGCCCGCCGCCUCGAGGUGGCCCGCUCGCUGCGCCUCCGCGACGCCCAGGUGAAGGUGUGGUUCCAGAACCGCCGCAUGAAGCAGAAGAAACGCGAGCGGGAGGCGCUGCCCGGUCACACCGCAGCGCCCCGGGCAGCCCCGGGCGGCACCGCCUGAGCCCGCCGCCACGGCGCUCCUCGGGGAUGCUGCGGGCGGCUCCACUCUCUUCGUACCGCCGCUGCUCGACACCCGUUGUAUUAAUGAGGGUAAUCGGGGAGAGCGGCCGCUCCAAAGUGCCGCUGUUCAACUUCGUCGUUUCGCGAGGGGAUAGAAGAGCCAGAAGAGAGCCUCAAAAAGCCGAGGCCGAGCCGGAGCUGGGGGCGGGCAGGACCGCAGCCCCUGGACCGGGCUCCCCGGGGCCGUUCCCGGCUGGGGCCAUAGCCCUGCCCCGCCGCCUCCCUGAGCCGCGCCCGGUGCCUCGGCCGGUCUGGGGAGCAGCGGUGGCCGGUCCCGCUGACUGCCGUCGGGGCGGGGGUGUAGGCAGAGGUCGUGCGGAGCAGGGGUGGAAACCCCAGCAAGGCAAAGUAGAACAGGACAAUGCUCCCUCGCAAGAAAAGAAGGGAUGUAUACCGUUAGCAAGUGUAGCAGAAAUCCCUUUUAAGAAAAGUACCCUCGUAUACCUCCCCUUCCUGUGCAAAACUGCUAUAAAGUCAAAUUACUUGUACUCAUCCCUCACUAGUUCCCAUCACCUUUUGUGACGCAGAUGAUUUAGUCCAAAAUCUGUGAAGGAAACCCUGAACAAAUGGUCCAUCAGGAGAAAGACGGCCCUGUGUGCCCCCUGCAGUUCCAGUGCCCGCUCUGCUGCUUCCCAGUGUGUGGGCAAUGACAGCAAAGAGCCCCUCAUGGCACUAGGGCUCUCCCAGGCCUUACUGUAUGUAAGUUUUAAUACAAGUACUAUACUAAGCCUGUUCACAAAUGCUACAAGCCAUUAAAGCACAUAAAGAUACUUGGGUUUGACUGCAGACCUCUCUGUCAGUGAGACCACAAUAGUUCCUGGGUCUCUCCCCCAGAGAACCAGUCCUAAAGUGGUGACAAUCCCAGCUACUCCACCAAAGUACAACAUUCACCAACUAUCUUCACUUCUCCAGAUCUCAUCUUUGCCAGAGGUGAAAUGUUAUCAAAGUGGACACAGAAGCUGGAUUCUGAGGCUUUUCCAGCAUUUGGUGCUGACAGGGAAAGUAUAAAGACGACGCAGAUAGGGAUGCUACCUGGAUUUAAGGGACAAAAGGACUUGAGAGUUUGCUUUGGAUUUCACUCAGGUGAAAGAAAAACAUAGUACUGGGAGAGGGAACUCCAGGACCUGCAAGUGUAGAUCCACACCUGGAAAACAGCCCCAGCUACCAGCAGCUGCUGGGAUUCCUGUUCUGGUUACACACCAGAUCCUGGGCAGAGGCUCACAGCCGUACUUGCACACAGACUUUUAGGUUUUGUGCACAGUGUUACAGCUCACUUCCAAAGAGCUGAUGAACUUCACAGGUUAAAAAAACAUUAGAAACUCCCAGGGCAGAGCUGCCCAUAUGAAAUCCGUACCAAAGUACAAACCUCUAAAAUAAAGGGUGGGCAGUUCCUUGUUAAAGCACAGACCCCAAACAAGCUUUUAUUCAGCUCAUCAUCUAUUAAAAAAAUAGGAAACAGUAUUUCUGCCAACUGUUUUUGAGAAGAAGAAUUAAAUUAGAAUAAAUUAAUUAGAAUAAAGCAAGAGAUGGUAAAAUGCCUGGAAAUUAUUUCUUUUUUCAUGUAAUUAUUAAAAGCAACUCAAUUACAAACCAUUUCAUUCAGUUCCUCUUCAGAUACAUU